AUGUAUCAGAGCAGUUUCUGCUACACUGCAUCCUACGAUAGUACAUAUGUCCCUCAGUUAUGUCCUGCUCCUGAAAUAGAUCCACGAGAAGCGUCAACCCCUGCAAUGUUAUUCGGUAUACCCAUGCCGAGCCCAGUUCAAUUUUACAGCUCAUUUCCACCGAAUUACUAUCAAAUGCCAGCUCCGAUGCCGAUUUCAAUGUCGGAUCCUACUCAGCUACCGAUUCAGCCCAAUAGCAUUCAGGAUCUGAACUUCAGUGCUACUAGCUAUUAUUCUUCGGAACUAGGCAAUGUUUCUGGAUUCUCCCAAUCGUCCAGAAAUGACUCUUGGCUAGAGUAUUCUCAGUCAAGCAUUCAUUCCGGGGAAGAUGUCACUUCCGAAUUUAACGACUCUUCCGGUUCUGUUGAAGUGUCUAAGCGUUUCGCUGGCACAUUUGCUCCAUCGUACAGAGGUGCUUCUCCUGUACUCCUCUAUCGAAUCCCUUCUACUGAUCUCUGCUAUGUUUACAAUCGUAUCCGUACCGUUGAUGGAUUGAAGGGACAUUAUGUUUGUAGAGAAUGUUACCUGAAGAAGAAGUACGUCCCAGCAAAGGUUGCUAACCAGCGCUACUUCACCACGGAUCCUUUGACGGCUGGACAUAUUUGCCGUCCCAAAAAUUAUGCAAAAGAAAUGACUUCUCGUCAGUCAGCCAAGAAGCGUACACGCGGUCAGCACAACGAUUCUGGACUGUCUAACAGCUUCCCGGACAUAUCUUAG